AUGCCUCCUUCCUCUCCUCGAUACACUUGCUCCCAUGCUGGAUGCCCCAAAAGCUAUCGGAAGCCCUCGCGACUGAAAGAGCACCAGCGCUCGCACACUGGUGAACGACCUUUUGCAUGUACAACUUGUCACAAGUCAUACCUUCGCGAGUCACAUCUGCAAGCUCACGUUCGAAGCCAUCUCCCUGAUUCAACGCGGCCGUACGUCUGCACUCACGACAGUGAUUGCCAGAAGCGGUUCUGGACAUCGCAACAUCUACGUGUGCACGAGUCUACUCAUUCGGGCACCAAAAUCUACGCAUGUCUGGAGCCAGGCUGCGACGAAGCAUUCUCAAAACAUCAUCAAUUACGCUCGCAUGUAUGCGACGUGCACGCCCCUCCCGGUACAAAGCCCUACCAGUGUGAUCAUCCUUCCUGCUCGAAGUCAUUUUCCACGAAUCAGAAACUGCGAUCACACCUCAAGAUGCAUGAUGAUAGACGAUAUACCUGUUCACACCCUUCAUGCCUGCCCCCAUCCGGCAGUUCACCAGCACACUAUCCUACAUGGACCGCUCUUCAGUCUCACAUCCGAACCAAUCACCCUCCAACAUGUACGCACCCAUCCUGCGAUGGGCGUACCUUUGCUUCAGGGCAAAAUCUCCGCGCGCACAUGAAGUUGCAUGAACAGCGUGAUCUUGAGUCGUUGAUUGACCAAGUCGACAGCGAUGUUGAUGGACAAACGACUCGGCCACGAAAGCGAAGGCGAGGUGGUGAGCUGGGACGUGAUUGGAUAUGCGACAUUGUCGGGUGCGGCAAGGACUUUAAAUCAAAAAAGGCCCUUACCACUCAUCACAAUGUAACCCAUCUCGGUCGACGUACACACGUAUGUCCUCACGCACACUGCGCAAGCAAGUUCGGGUACAAACAUCUGCUAGAACGGCACCUCGCCCGCAUCCACUGUAGCUCAGCUUUGGACGAAACGUCGUCCGAGGACGUAUCGGACGAUUACGAGUCGUCAGAAGGUCCAAUCUUGAGCAUAGAGUCAAUCACCGGUCAAACGUAUGAGGCUCGGGCACGAGCGAACCCCAGACUUAUACAGUGCCCUUUCCCCGCUGUCGAGCACUUGAUGCCUACAAGCGCAAACGGAGCAGAAAUUGAUGGCUCAAGCUCCAGUGCCGAGUGUCGACACGUCGUGAGCCGGGCCUACGACUUGACGCGACAUCUCAAAGCUGAGCACGGACUUUUUGCGGAUAGAUCAAAGGUCGACGAGUGGAUGAAGGCACAGAAGAGGUCUUGA